AUGACAUCCUUGUCCCGUCGUACUUCAAAGACUAGCAUUGCUGAGCGAGAGGCGACACUGACAGCAGGACUUGCUGUUAUACUGCAUGAACAGCCGCGAGUUGCAGCCUUGCAGCAUGUUAUGUACGCCCUGGACGAUCUUGUAGACAUAUCUUGGCAGUGGAAUAUUGCUCGCGCAUGUGCUCUCGAAAGUCAUAAUAUGUGCAGUGACGACGGCGGUGCGCGUCGACUUGUUGCUCGACUGGUCGCUCGGUGGCCGCUGGAAGACAUGGACACGUUCUAUCGACAAGCUCAGCUUUCGGUUGGAUUGGUGAAUGCUGCUCAGCGUGGGAACACGAAGCUGGUGCGAUGGCUUCUGGGGAAUAUUGUAUCAGAGCGGUUUACCGUUGACAGUCGCAGUGGCAUCUUUAAGGCCGUCGAAGCUGCGGCGACUGUAGGACAUCUGAAUAUCCUGGAGCAAGUGCUGGUGUAUGAUAAGCGUGGUGUCUGCAUCAAGCCAGCAAUGGUCUCCGCGGCUCGCGGAAGCAAGCUGGAUGCUUUGAAGUGGCUACACAAGCGAUUGGUGCGCCCUGUAGAAUUGAGCGACUGUGCAGGUUCGCUGCUUGAAGCUGCUGCGGGAAGUGGAAACACCGAAAUCACGUCGUGGGUCGUAGACACAGUCGGAGCAGAUUCUGUGCGUCUGUCUGUGGCAAGCGCCGCCCAAAGUGCAAUUUCAAGAGGUCAUCUUGAAGUUAUCGAAUAUCUGGCUGGCGUCGUGUCUUCGAUAGAUGGACCGCUUUCUCUGGAUGAAGCGGCUGGAGAGGGGCACCUUCAGGCAGUGCGAUGGGGGUUUGAACACGGCGGUGCGUGUACGACGCAGGCAAUAGACGCAGCAGCGGGCCACGGUCAUCUUGAGAUUGUGCAAUGGCUGCACAGAUAUCGCACUGAUGGAUGCUUAACACUGGCCUUCGACAACGCAGCAAGUCACAGUCACAUGGACGUCAUUCAGUGGUUACAUGAGAACCGGGGUGAGGGCUGUACAACUAAGGCAAUGGAUGGAGCAGCGAGCAACGGUCAACUCGAUGUAGUGAAAUGGCUCCACAAAAACCGACGAGAGGGUUGCACCGCUGCCGCUAUGAACGGAGCUGCUCGAGGUAACCAUCUUGAUGUACUUCAGUGGCUAUAUGACCAUCGUACCGAGGGCUGCACCCAAGACGCACUUAUUGCUCAUUGCUCUGAUACUUGCAGCUUUUCUCGCUCUGCACUGGAGAACGCGGCCUCCAACGGUCACUUAGACGCGGUAGAGUGCCUUUACGAACAAUGUACUAGAAAUUGUGAGUCCGAAGGGAUCGCUUCUGACGCAAUGGAUCGUGCUGCGAGUGGUGGGCAUUUAGACGUGGUGAAGUGGUUUCAUCACCGUCUUCCAGAGUUUGGGAGCUGUACGGCUGCAGCUCUAAAUGGUGCUGCAGCAAACGGCCACUUGCAAAUGGUGAAAUGGCUGCAUGCGAAUCGCCGUGAAGGAGGCACGUUCCGAGCAAUGGAUGGAGCAGCAGCUGGAGGGCACUUGGAGGUGAUGAUGUUCUUGUACUCUCACCGUUCAGACGGCUGUACAUCGGACGCAGUUGUGAACGCUGCCAUCAAUGAGCAUGUGGAGGUUGUGCAGUGGCUUCUUCAUCAUUAUCCGCAGCAAGUCCGCCAUGAAAAAGUCCGCAAGCUCGCAGCAAGAUUAACCACGCACUGGUCCAUCAGGCUAACCGGAUCAUUCCCGUGUACUGAGCUUACAGGUACAGAAUAA